UUUUCCUUUUACUAUUUAUGAUCUCUCCCCCGCUGUUUGAAAUUUUAAUCUGAAAUGCAUAUUCACUUGCCAAAAAUAGCCGUUGCCAUCCAGCUCUGCUUUCCCAUUUGAUCCUUAUCUUUGUUUUUAAGGAAUUCUUUUGUAGGAUAUGAAGAUUCCUGAAUCUCUCUAACCGUGCGUAGUUCCUCGAAUCCGGCUCAGUUCACAUUCUUCGCCCUGUUAUAUUGUUCUCUUUAUCAUCGCUCCAAAUUUCUAAUUUUUCAGGUAGUUCGAGUCCUUAUUGACUCCGGAGCCUUGCAGAUUAUAUUCUGGGUUUUCCUUCGCUUUUGGGAUUUAGGGCUUUCCGGAGAAGGUGAAGCAAAGCAAUCAUGGGUAUGAAUACCGGGAGUGAGGAAGCAGUAACAAAGAAGGGGAGAUUUGCUGCAAUCGUAGUUUGCUGGUUCUUAGGAAAUGGAUCUCUUAUUUCAUGGAACAGUAUGUUAACAAUUGUAGAUUACUAUGCUCAAGUAUUCCCGAGAUACCAUCCGACAAGAAUGCUCACUCUUGUUUAUCAGCCUUUUGCCUUCAUAACCAUUGCAAUACUCACAUAUCAUGAAGCAAAGCUCAAUACCAGAAUGAGGAACAUUCUUGGCUACACGCUCUUUUUCAUAAGCUCAUUUCUCGUAAUCAUUUUAGAUUUGGCAACUUCUGGGAAAGGUGGUGUUGGAGCCUUCAUUGGUAUAUGCCUUAUUAGUGCAGCUUUUGGUGUCGCUGAUGCUAAUGUUCAAGGGGGCAUGGUUGGUGAUUUGGCCUUCAUGGAACCAGAGUUCAUUCAGUCAUUUUUAGCUGGCUUGGCAGCAUCUGGAGCUUUAACAUCAGCUUUGAGGCUGAUUACAAAGGCAGCUUUUGAACACACCAAUGACGGGCUUCGAAAGGGAGCGAUGAUGUUCUUUGCAGUCUCAUCAUUUUUUGAGCUGCUAUGUGUUCUGCUCUAUGCAUAUAUCUUUCCGAAAAUUCCAAUUGUGAAGUAUUAUCGUUCAAAGGCAGCUUCAGAAGGAUCAAAGACUGUUUCUGCUGACCUCGCAGCUGCUGGAAUCCAUUUGCAGAAUGAACUAGAGGCCGAAGAAGAUCCAAAGCACCACGAACGCUUGACCAUUAGACAGCUUCUGAUGCAGAACUUGGAUUAUGAGUUGGGCUUGUAUCUUAUUUAUGUUCUGACACUAUCAAUUUUCCCUGGAUUUCUGUCCGAGGAUACUGGAAAUCAUGCCCUGGGAUCAUGGUAUGUUCUUGUCUUGAUCGCAAUGUAUAAUGUCCUGGACCUCAUUGGAAGAUACACACCUAUGAUAAAAUGCCUUAAAAUAGUAUCACGGAAGGGCCUUCUAAUUGCCAUUCUUUCACGUUUUCUAUUCAUUCCUGCGUUCUAUUUCACUGCAAAAUAUGGAGGGCAAGGUUGGAUGAUCUUGUUAACAUCCUUGUUAGGGCUGACUAACGGUCAUCUCACUGUUUGUGUUCUUACUGAAGCACCCAAGGGAUACAAGGGACCGGAGGCGAAUGCUUUGGGAAAUGUACUAGUCAUGUUUCUUUUAGGUGGUUUAUUUUCUGGUGUUGCAUUAGACUGGUUGUGGCUUAUUGGCAAAGGCUGGUGAGGUUAACUGAGUUAAUAGAAAAAAAAAGACAUUGUUUGCUAUUAUUUUGUGUCCCUGUGAAGACGGGCAACUUCAAGAACUAUAUAUUGGUUAUAAAUGACUGUAGUGGUUGUUUUUAUUUACAAUAUGAAUGCAUUGCUAGACGUAAAU